AUGACAACAAACGACCAGGAUGCUCCAACUCACAACUACUCUACUAGAUCUAAAGAAAGAGACCUUGAAAGAGAACUUGAGAAUAAAUCUAAAUUGAAACAACGUCAACAUAAUGUAAUAGUUCAACCACGUUUGAAACCAAUGCCAUUCAAAAAUCUGGAUUUAAGAUCAAUUGAAUAUUCCAAGAGUCAUGUAGCAACAACAAACGGUAUUGCAUUCUACCAGAUGGAAGAUCACCCGUUUAAUAAAAGAGGGUUCAAAUAUAAGGCAUGCCGUCCCAAUCCACUUUUCACUUCCAAUCUUUAUUCAACCUCAGAAUUGUAUCCUUAUACUGUAAGACCAAGUUAUUUUGAUAUGGCACAAGGAAUUGCCUUUAAUGAUGAUUUAACUUUAGUCUCUACCACACAAGGUUGGAGAUCUGUGCGAACAAAUAUAGGUAUUAGAGAAGGUAAGUACUAUUUUGAGUUUAAUGUUGUGAGUGCAAAUGAUGAGAAUAGUAAGAGUCAUGUUAGAGUAGGGAUAUCACGUAAGGAAGCAAGUUUGGAAGCUCCUGUAGGAUUCGAUGGUUACAGCUAUGGAUUACGUGAUGUACAUGGAGAAUAUAUGACAUUGAGUAGACCAAAGGAACCUUACGUUGAAGAUGGAUUUAAAAGUGGUGAUGUGAUAGGCUUAUUGGUAGAAUUACCAUCUUUAGAAGAACAUCGAAAAUCGGUUAAUGAUUUCAUAAAUUCCAAGCUAGCUGCAUCCAAUUCAGUUGAAUCUUCAAAAACUAUAUCCGUGAAAGAACCAGAUACAAAACGGAGAAAAAGGUCAAGAAAAGAAGAGACUAAUGAAGAUAAUUCUAAAUUCAUAGUGGAUGGGAAUAUCGUAAGAGAUCAAAUUCCUAUACGGUAUAAGAGUUCAUUGUAUUACGAACAAUAUGAGUAUUCAAAUACUAAAAUCAUGGAUCAUUUACUUAAUCCUGUAUCUAUCUAUGGGGAAAGGGCUAUCCUUGAGAAAGAUAUUGUUGAUAAACAGAUUGAAAAUUUACCUAUAAUACCAAAUUCAAGAAUAAGAAUAUUUAAAAAUGGGAUAGAACAGAAACAUAGUGUAGAGAAUUUAUAUUCAUUUCUUCCAACGGAUGUAGAAAAUGAAGAAUUGAAUCUAUUACCUAAUACGAAACAAGCUCAAAAUCUAAACUAUAAGAAUACUGAUGAUGGAAGUUUGGCGUAUUACCCCAUGCUUUCAGUAUUCCAAAAUGGUAUAGUAGGUAUAAAUCCUGGACCUCAGUUCCAAUAUCCAUUAGCUGAAGAAGAUGUCAAACCUCUUAGUGAUAGAUACGAUGAAAGUGUCGUUGACGAAUGGUACUGGGAUAUCCUUGAUGAAGUAGAAGCAGAAUAUUUAGAUAGUUUUGAUGCCUAA